CAGUUGGUUCUUAUGGGACCCUAAUUGAGAUAGGGGUCGCUUAGAUACCUACCCUAUCAACGUCGUAGUCUAGGCAGUCUACCGUGAUAAUAAUGAGGUGAGAUAAUGUGAUAACGCGUCUGGUGUUUAGUAUUUCACCAUCGGUUCCCAUCCCCAUCUUAGAUGGACCCAACUGGCUUCAUCAUACCAUCGUCGACCCAUCUUAUUGUUCUCCGUACGUAAUUUGCGAUGGGUUUCCUUUGGAAGAAGAAGCUAGGCGUCGGCCGACAAGAUCAAUCCCCGGACGAUACAGUGGAGCCGCGCGCAGUCGAGACAACUCCGGACGACGCGUUGAUCGCACCCAAGACCAGUGAAAAAUUUUACUUCUGGACUCGACCUGGUACUUCGAAAGAAGAAAAGAAACUUGUGCAGAAACUCGAUCUUGCCAUUCUUACCUUUUGUUGCUUGACCUUCUUCGCGAAGGACCUCGAUCGCAACAAUAUUAAUAAUGCCUAUGUUUCGGGCAUGAAAGAAGAUCUGGGCCUUUAUGGAAACGAACUUAACUGGAUGGUCACUUGGUUUCAAAUUGGAUAUAUCGUCGGCCAAAUACCAUCGCAGAUCUUGUUAACGAAAAUUUCGCCACGAUGGUAUCUUCCGGCUGCCGAAUUUUUAUGGGCGUUCUUUGUGCUGUUUAUUUAUAAAUGCCAAACUGCGCAACAGAUUUAUGCCGUUAGAUUUUGCGUCGGGUUCGUCGAGGCAGCUAGUUGGCCGGGUUUGCAUUUCAUGAUUGGAACAUGGUACCGCAAUCAUGAAAUCAACAAGAGGAGCGGUAUCUUCACCGCGUCAGGGAUUGCAGCCACUAUGUUCUCGGGUUAUAUCCAAGCUGGAAUCUAUCAAACCAUUGAUGGCCACCUGGGUAUCAGAGGGUGGAGAUGGCUCUUCAUUAUCGACUUUUUGAUAACUUGCCCCAUGGUCAUUAUCGGCUUGAUCAUUAUCCCCAACCCAUUAUAUGAGAAGAGCACUUGGUGGAUGACAGAAACGGAACGCCAGAUGUGUAUGAAGCGCCUCGAAGCCGAUAACCGCAAACCGCUAGGGCGAUUCGAUCGAUCCCUUUUCAAGCGCGUCCUUGGGAGGUGGCAUUUCUGGAUUUUGUGCACAUGGUUCUCGCUCAUGUACUUCGUCUAUCAAGCCCCAACCACAUCGACCAUGGCGCUAUGGCUCAAAGCGGAGAAGUAUUCGGUACCCGACGUUAAUAACCUACCUACCGUAUACUCGGCUAUUUCAAUCGUCUUCAUGUUGGUGUCGGGAACCUAUAACGAUUGGAGGGGGUCUCAGGUUGAGUCGGUGAUAUUGAUCUGUAUGACUCAGAUUGUGUCAGAAUCUAUGUUGGUCGCGUGGAACCUGGGGAAGCCUGCUCACUUCUUCGCAUUCUAUAUCGCUGGUACUAUCCAAUCACUAUUCCCGGUCAUUGUGAGCUGGACGCAUCGGGUGUGCACUGGGGAUGCGGAAGAGCGAGCUAUCGUCAUUGGUGCACUGAAUUCAAUUGGUUUGGCUCAAGGUACUUGGUGGAACCAGGUAUUCGUUCCAACGGUGGAAGCGCCUCGGUUCUAUCGGGGUUAUCGUGCUGGUCUCGCUGCGUCGCUGGCUUUAUCGGCUUGGCUACCAGUGGUUAUGUGGUUUACGCGACGACAGGAGAAGCAAGAAAAGGAUCAAGGGAUUCGCGGGGAAGUCGUCGAGGGUUCGCAACACGAUACCGAAGAAGGAAGAGAGUCGACGGAGAAACGAGGGGUGGCGGGAAAUUUGUCAGAACAAGACAAAGCGAACGAAGCGGGAAUCGUAAUGUGAACGCAGCAUGUAGGGUAUUGAAUUGCAAUACUUGGUUGGAUUAAUCUCGCCAUAUAAUAAGACGUUCAUUAAGUUAUAUGGAUGCCUACCUGAUUGUGACGUAGGACUGCGAAGGAUUUCGUGAUAUGCUUCGAAAAUCAGAGGUCGCCUGUAUUAAUGCUCAUAAGAACUGAACACCUCAAUGGGAGAUGGUAAAACCGUCAACUCCCUACGUAGUAAGCGAAUUCUUAACAAUCGUAUGAAGAACGCGCGGGAGAUUUCGACACAUUAGCGACAAGAAAGCAAGGCAAGGACUUCACGGCGCGAAGAUGGAAU